AUGUGCGAGGGCCCGGCGUGGUGUGCGGAGAGGUCCGGUCGAGGGUAUGAGUGCGGAGCUAACUUAGGGGGUUGUGGUCGGGCUCGUGCUCACAUUGUGGGGAUAGCCCUUAGGCAUGGGAAUGUUGGUGAGCGGACAUGCGAGGCUCGCUUACUAAGUUGCAUGGGGUUGGCCACUAGGGCACGUGAAGCCGCCUACUAA